AUUACCAAACAAACGCAGACACAAACAAAUUUAAAGUAUAAAAUAAAUUAGCAUAAUUUAGCAAGGACUUGACAAGACAAGCAGACAUUCGUUUCGCACUUAAUUAGUGUCUAAAAGCGUUGACAAUGUGGCAGACACUAUCAACUUUUAGCACAUCACUCAGAGCAACACAAACAGCAGCAGCACCAGCAGCAGCAACACCAGCAACUUGCAACUGCAGUUGCAACUUGGAAAACGCGGAAAUGCCAAGUCACAUGUUGCCAUCACCAGACAUCGCGACAACAGCAAUGCGUAGGUGUUGCUGUCGCACAAAAAUCACCCGCAGCAGCAGCAGCAACAAUAGUUGCAACUACAGCGGCAACAUCCUGCAAUGGCUAUUGCUACUGUGCCUUCUCUGUGAUUUCGGGCAGGCGGCGCUUCGUGACGUGAAUCUGCUGGUGCAGCCACCGGCGGUUCGAAGGGGUCAAUCGGUGGCCCUGCGGUGCGAUUACCAGCUGGAAGAGGCACCCCUGUACUCCAUUAAGUUCUAUCGCGGCCAGAUGGAAUUCUACCGCUACACACCGGGCGAGUAUCCCCACACCAAGGUCUUUCAGUUCCCCGGCAUCCGAGUGGACGAGAACGGCUCGAAUGCCACCAUGGUGCUCAUCCGCAACGUUAGCUUCACCCUGUCCGGACUAUUCAGCUGCGAGGUUACGGCGGAUGCACCGCUCUAUUCCACCGCCACCGCCUACGCCCAUAUGCAAGUUGUGGAGUUUCCGGAAAAGCGUCCAAGUCUUUUUACGGAACACACGCGUUAUGAACCCGGUGAUGUUUUGCGAGCCAACUGCAGUACUCUGGGUUCUCGUCCUCGAGCUGACCUUCGUUUUACCAUCAACAAUAUACCCGUCGGCACGGAGGAAACACAGUACAUUCGAUCGGUUGAGAACCUGAUUGCAUCCCGGCUCAGUCUGAAGCUGCAGCUGCAGGCGAUUCACUUUGUGGCCGGCCUCAGUGGCCAUGGAAAUGGGAAUGGUAAUGGCAAUGGAAAUGGCAACGGCAAUGGCCUCACAAACGCAUUGCACCAGGGAAGCGGGGGCGGGGGACUCGUCCUGCGUUGCACGGCGCAAAUUGGCGAUCUCUAUCAGGAGUACAAGGAAAUCGAGCUGGGCACACCGCAAAAGGAUCCGGUGCCGGCAAGAGUGACGCUGUCGUCGGGAUCCGGACUCCGUGGCUUCUUGGAGACCUAUUUCGCAACAUCCUCGGCCUGCAGCGCUUUUCGGGGGGCGCCGGGCUUUUCGGGGGGCGUGGCCAUCUGCCUGGCCACCAUGUUAACCCAACUAAUUACUGGUAGCUAAAUCGGGGGUCAGUCGGCUGGAAGACAUGGACUUGGAGGGACUUGGCGAGUGUGUAUGGCUUAUCGAGCAGCGAUGGAAAUUAGGUAGCUCUCGGCCGUAAACUGCAUUAUUUAUCUAUAUCGAAUGCAAUUUAAAUUAUACACACACAGAUGCAGAUGCGAUUCCCGGUUAAGCUCACACAUCCACACGAAAACCCUAUGUAACUGUAAAUAUUUGCUUUAAUGAUGUGAACGGAUACACUUAAAUGAACUCGCACUCACACUCACGCGCCCACACACACACACACACACAAACACGCGACUAAUUGUUAAUUAAUGGUUUAUUUAAUGAUGCAUAAAAUAUUGGAUAAAAUAUUAAUGUUUCAUUUGCAUUUAGCUUCAACCCAAGCGAAUAUCAACUUAAUGUUUAAGUGGAGUAAAGAGUGUAUAUCGUUGAAACGAUGGAAAAAAUGAACACAUAAAAAUGUAAACAACUGAAAUGCCAAUGUCAAGACAAAACCAAAAAACAUUCAACCCAAAAUAAACAAGCAGUAAUAAUCAA